UGCGAAUGCUGUAUGUAAUGUUGGAUCAUUUCGUCGUUUCAGAUGGACAUGGUUGUGUGGGUAAUUCAUCCAAUACGCCGCAUUUGUCGACGUUUCUUCUAGGAAGAUCGCAAUGGACACUCGCCGCAAUCCCGGAGAGCCUGGUAAGCUAGAGCUAUUGCUUCUGGAACGUGGCUUUCGGCGAGACCUGGACCUGGACCAUGCCAUAGAUCGGUGGUCUUCGACUGCAUUGGUCCCUCCAGUCCAUGACAACCCCUGUCGUUGGAUUCUAUUUUGCGGAUCUUUCAGGAAGCAGGGUCAUAUUUGCUCCGCAUGCAUACUAAGCAUGUGUGUAUGCCCCUCACAAUAGAUUCUCGAGGUCGAUGGUGGUGGCGCGUAGCUAGUCUUGGUUCUGUAGCAUCUGGCGGCUGGGUUCUUGUGAGCGAAUUUUCCUCGUAAUCUUCCUUGAGGCUUCUCACAACUGUGAAUCCUCUGUGAAGUUUGCUUCAAUAUCAUCUCGCAAUUGUGGAUCUACUGCAGUUCUGUUUCGCCCUUGGGUUAUCCUUCAAGAUAUUACAGGCUGGAGACAGGGAAGUGUGUCUUGAUGUUAGAUACAUUAGUGUAUGCCUCGCGCAGUUCGUGCAAUUUGGGGUAGGCGGUGUUUUCUGGAUCUCAGUUGACGGGAAGGAUCCUUCGAGUCACUUGCUGCUGGGGUGAGUUUUCCCCCUCAGCCGUUUCAAAGACAUUUGAGUAGUUUUAGAGAAAAGGCCUUGUCUGUGCGUGCGAGGUUACACGUGACAGCGAUUCGUUGCCGGUACGCAGCUGAAAAUUUGACAGGGAAGCUCGUCGUUUCGUUCCGCAUGUACCAGUGUACCCCCCUGACAGUGUACAUGCAUGGGGCAGCUUCUCGAGAGUUCUAAUGCACAGAAAGCGACCGCAUUUAAAAUAUGAAGACGAGCUGAACCUCUCCGUAAAGCUUGCAAGAUGUGGUUAAAACAUUCAAAUUACUGCUGCAUCGGCUUGUUCCGUCUGAGGAGCUCGCUUUCUCAUAAGAACAACAGCGCCGCCCAGACUGCGAUCAAACCUAUCAGUUUCUGCUUCUGAGUGUAUCAGACAUCACAGCGCAUUUGGUACUUUUUUUCGAAUCACGCAAUUUGUCUUCCUCGGCGUCUCGUCUACUUGCUCUCAGAUAUGCGAACGACAGCAAGCGUGGGAGUACCUCAAUGAAGGGAAAGAUCUUUUCGGGGGUUGGGCAGAAAUGAUGAGUAUUUGGUAAUCCGUCACCCAUUCUAAACGAUCCAUGGUAUGCAGUUCAAUCAGUAUCGUAAUCGUGAGGCUGAAGUGCACAAUACCAGGCGUGUUAGUACUUGACGUUAUGGAUAGAAAGAUGGGUGACAAGUAUACAACUCGAAGCGGGAUCGCGAAGGGGCCUCUUAGCACCGCGAGGUUGAAGAUCUUGGUACCGUUCUGUCUGAUGGUGUUCGUCGCAUGGAAUUCCUCGUCGAUGGUGCCCUUUGGCCGUUCGAGCAGUGGGCCGACCUAUGGCAUGCCGGUUCCAGAGUACGAAUCCCUAGGUGUUAACACGAUGCAACGGCACAAGAAAAGCAGUGGAGCCCUGGAUGGACUAGUUGAUGUCGGUCUAGCUCGGUUCCACCCGCGCACAGACGUAGUUACAAAUCAGUUUGACAUCUCCAUGACCUUCAAGCCCACAUCUCAAGUACACGACGAGCCCAACAGUGUACACCCAUCAAUUAACAAUGGUGCGCAGUUUAAAAUUGAAAUCACCUCAGAUGAAGAAGAUAAAGUGGUAAUUGCACAAUCCAAGUACGACGAAGGUGGGAGAGAACAUGACUCAACGCAAUCUAAAGAUUGCCGAAAAGAAGACUCUGGAGCGAUUGCGCAGCACGGAGCAGAUGGAAAUGCGCAGACCACUGCAGAGUCUAAUCAACCAGAUCGAAAUGAGGGAUCUUCUGUGGCACCUGAUACCAUCACUGGCAACCUCAGCUCUCCUGUCAACAUAGCUGCAAUGGAGAUUUUUGAUGAGAUUAGGUCAAGGUCGUUGCCGUACGCAACCACGAUUUCUGAACGAUCUGAAGACUCAUGUCAAGGGAAGUACGUGUAUGUCUAUGAUCUUCCCCCGGAGUUUAAUGUGCAUCUUACCGAAAGAUGCGACUCCAUGAUUCCAUGGUUCAAUCUCUGCGACUUCUUCGCGGAUUCGGGAAUUGGUAAACCUGUAAACUCAAUGGAUAACGGCACCCAAAUCUUCCUCCCCGCUGAUCGUUGGUUCAGCACACAUCAGUACGCUCUGGAACUUGUCUCACAUGCUCGAAUUAUGAAGUACAAGUGUCGCACCGAAGAUCCUAACCUCGCUAAUUUGUUUUACAUCCCUUACUAUGGCGGUCUAGAUGUGAUUCGGUGGCACUUUGACUUAAACGCUACGAACACCAACCGUGAUGCCUUGGGCUGGAAGCUUGUGCGAUGGCUUGAGAAACAGCCAUCCUGGAGACGACGAGGAGGGCUCGACCAUUUGCUAGUGUUGGGAAAAAUAUCUUGGGAUUUCCGGCGUCAGUUGCGUGGCAACUGGGGAAGCAGGUUGUUGGAGUUUCCUGAAAUUCAAAAUAUGAUGAGGGUUAUGAUUGAGCGCAACCCCUGGAGCAAGAACGACAUCGGAGUGCCUCACCCGACGUACUUUCACCCGAAGUCGGCUUCCGAUAUCGACACUUGGCUGCAGCAUGUGAAAUCGCAGGAACGAACCAGUCUUGUUGCUUUCGUCGGGAAAGAGCGCCGCAAUGACCCUACGAACGUACGAAGCGCACUCGUGCGGCAAUGUCGAGGUGCAUCCUCAGAGGCCGUGUGCCGCUUCGUUGAAUGCAAGAAAGAUCUCUGUCAGCAUCCUGUUUUCGUGACCAAGACCUUCGUGACGAGUCAAUUCUGCAUGCAGCCGGUUGGAGAUUCCCCCACUCGGCGUUCAGUCUUCGACUCGUUGAUCGCAGGCUGCAUUCCUGUGUUGUUCCAUCCAGCAACUGCUUACCUCCAAUAUGCCUGGCACUUGCCUCGGAAUGAAUCUUCGUGGUCCGUGUAUAUAUCUGAGGACGAAGUGAGGGAGGGACGGGUUAAUGCUGUAGACGUCCUGAAAAAGAUUUCUACUGCUGAGAUGGAUGCAAUGCGGGAGACGAUUUUGAACACGGUGAUUCCAGGUUUGCUUUACAGCGCGCCUGGCAGUGAUGUCUCCCCUUACAAGGAUGCCUUUGACAUAACAAUUGAGCAGCUCUUACAUCACACUGCUCACCUUCCUGACUCAGAGGAGUUUGCGAAGGUUUGAGGCGCAAUUUUGAGUUAGUUCUUUAAAAGGACUCAACCACUGUCCUGCCCGCAAUUACGUAGCUAUGUGAGUAUUGAUCACCCGAUGAAAUUCGGGUCCAUCAGGUAGAUGAGUCUGCAGCUCUCCAAACAGAAUUUGAGGAAAUUAUACACAGCUGCUGGCCGAGGAUGUUUGAAGCAUCUUUUGAGCCGUUAGAGUUGAUCCUGGAAAGCUCUCAAUGCUGCUACCAGCUGACUACCUCCUAGUAUGAUAACCAACAGCCUAAUUUCGCUGUGGCAAUGACUAGAAGGCCAAUUUCCAGCUGCAAACCUUCGACAUAAUAUUGAAAUUACUGACAAUUCUUGCACGCUGGAACCUU